UCGGCAAUGGACGCUUAGCUAUAGGAACCACAAACAAUGUCUAUCUGAAGUCACCCCUAGAUAUAAUUGACUUCCUACUAAAAAGCAAUCUUGAGUCACAAUGAGCGGAGCUGUGGAGGAGCGAAGGACGUCUCUCAUACUUCAAUUGACCAAGAACUUCAGAAAAAUAUUGGUCAAAUGGCUCCUAAACGACGAAAUGAUGCUACUUCUUCCUCUUCAUCCGUACCACGUUUCACCUCCCCGGAGAAUGAGGCUUGGUACGAUCAAAGGAAGAAGUGGAAAAUUGUGAUUGAAAAGACCGUGCAUCCGGAGAUCGAAGCUCUCUAUCGACUCUCCGACGCUUUUCACAAAUUGGGAUGGGCCGUCAUGCUCACUUUGACUGGGGCAUUCUACCCGACGCUUGUACGGGAGUUCUAUGCCAAUAUUGAGAGGAAAAUGGACCCGUUUGGGAAUAUUGUGAGCACUGUUAAAGGCACAAAAAUCACCAUUAGCAAACAACAAUUGGCUCACCUUGCUUCGCGUCCCCAACGACGGUCAUCCGGUUGAAAUGAACUCUGUAAUGGUGCUCACCGACCCCACUUACAAAGAGAUUGAUGUCAUGAACAACUAUGGAUUCGAUGAAGAACUUAAGGCCCGUGUUCUUGAAUCCCGAGAGAGACUAAUUGCAUACCUUUUGAGCUUCAACAUCUUGCCAAGAGCUAGUGACACGCAUGUGCUUCGGCAGUUGGACCUCUAUCUCAAGCACAAAAUGAUGAACAGGCUUGGAGAAAUCGAGGGCAUUCCGUUGGCCCCUCUCAUCAUGACAGAAAUGAGGGGCGUCGUCAAAACUAAAAGAGGUGAUAAAAACUUUAUUUAUCCUCUUUUACUCACAAUGAUUUUCAGGAGUUUUGGCGUCGAUCUUAGAAAUGAAGAGGUAGAGUACAUCACCGAAACCCAAAUUUUGAGGCCUAGCACUAUGUUGUCCCUCCACUUCAAGAAGGUGGGAGGUGCAUGGGUUCGCAAGGACGAUAAUGGGGACGAAGAGAUGGGAGAAGCUGCCGCACAACCCGCAGCCCGACCACGACGAACUAUGGCACAUGGCAUUGAUUAUAUUGUUGACUCCAUGGACCGUAUGCAUACGCGGAUGGACGUGUACGAAGCUAACCAAGAGGACCUCCGCACCCGUCAAACAAGGAUGGAAGAGCAUUUGGACCACAUUGACCGAAGGUUUGGGCAAUUCACCCAACACUACUAUGGUCAAUUUGGACACCCCCCUCCCGACCCACAAAAUUAGGUUCCCAUUCUUGUUAUUUCAUAUGACAUACUCUUCUAUAAACACACACUUUAUGGGGGAUUGAAGUUUUUAUGUUCCUAUGGCUUCUACAUUGAGGACAA